CGCCCGCCUCACCCCGACAUGUGACCGCGCCGCCCGGGUCGCGACCGCGGCGGCGGCGGCUGGACGGACUCGGAGCUGGGAGCCCCGAGUGAGUAGCAGCGGCUCCGGCGCCCGCUCGGCGCGCUCACCUCGAAGAUGCAUUUCAUUUUCUCCAAUGAGGUGGUGCUUCUGUUUGAUUUUUGGAAUGUCCACAGUCCUGCAGGCAUGGCCCUUUCCGUGCUGGUGGUCCUGUUCCUGGCCGUGUUGUACGAAAGCAUCAAGGUUGGCAAAGCCAAGCUGCUCCACCAGGCUGUAGUGAGUGUGUCCGUCCUCUCCAGCCAGCAGCUCACUGAGGAGACAGACCAGGAUUCUUCAGCCUCAGACUCGGCCCCGGUCAGCAGAGCCCGCCUCAGGUGGUUUUUGUGUCACUUUGGCCAGUCGCUAAUCCAUGUCGUUCAGGUGGUCAUAGGCUACUUCAUGAUGCUGGCUGUCAUGUCCUACAACACCUGGAUUUUCUUCGGCGUGAUCCUUGGCUCUGCUGUAGGAUACUACCUAGCCUACCCACUUCUCAGCAUGGUUUAGCUGGUGAGGGCUCUGCGGGCACCGAGGGCUAGAGAGAGCUGGGGCCCCCUCUUCCAGACGUUGAAAUUCCAGCCCCAUGUCUCCCGUUUCUUCUGAUGGCGGUUCCUCUCCUCGCUCCCAGCUCUUGGAGACUUUCGGCUGAAGCCGGCACUUGCUGCCUGGAGUUCGGAGGCCACCGCAGCUACCUCUGUCCUCAGCCAUCAUGCACGGGGCCCGGGCACGGUCAUUUUGUGCCUUAGUAAGGCUUCUGUGGCCCGAGGGAGAGUGGAGAGACCAGAACCUGGGGACAGGGUUGCUGAGCCCAUGAGGACUUAUUUCUGUGACUCAAAAAUUAAGAAUUUCCAAAGAUCUUCAAGACAGGGAGAUGGGUUCUGGGUGACGAAGGUCAUGGAAGCUGUAUACCUUCUGCUCUCGUGAUUUGUGCCUUAUGUAGAGGAGCAUCUUCCACUGGCCUUCCUGACCUCUUCUGUCUGAGGGAUGGAGACCACACUGGCUCCUUUUUCUCACCUUUCUGCCUUUGGGACACAUAAAGUUUGUCCCCUGCUGUGGAUCAUGAGAACAAACUAAGAUUUUUCAUUUUCCCCACUGAACCCCUGGUUGGCAAUUUUGCACAUUAAUACAAGACAAAAUUUUUAAUGAAAUGACUUCAUGUUAUUCAUGAUGGACAGCAACUUCUGCUGGGAACUGUUUCUCUUUCUUGUGGGGAGAAUGAGUGACAGCAGAUUAAAGGCAGAGGAGCUGGACUUAUCCUCUGGAUAGGGAGCUUCUCCCAUCAGACAGCACUGCCUGCGGGAGGAAGACAGUCUAAGGGCUUGAGGUGUCUGGGGCACUUUCCAUGGCUCCAAUGCCUCCUUUGAUCCGGAUCCUUCUUUUAGCAGAACGGAGAACUGCACUGAAUAUUCAAUACUUAACGUUCUCUAUUUAUUACUUCCUGCUCAGCCAUAAUCAUCUGGUGGGGAAACAUGAUUUCAUUCACUUGAAAUACUGGGUAAGCCACGGGGGUUGCUGACCGAAGACGCGAUAAGCAAUCAAACCAAAGCAUUACAUUUGUAGACUUAGAUGGAACUCUCCAGAUAGUUCAUGUUACAGAAAAAGGAAAUAAGAGACCCAGGGAGGGAAAAUCACUGCUGUAUACUGUAACGUCUGCGUUCAAGUACCUCACGGGCUAGAUGAAAGACGGUCUUAAGCUUUGGGGAUUAAAAAAGAAAUAUACAUUUUAAUAAAUAUAUAUAUUUUAAACAA